AGAGCUCAGCGCGCCGCGAGCCCCUCCUCACCGCCCCAGGCUGAUUGGCCUGCCUGUUCUCGUCGCCAUCGUGCUCGCCUUGAUUCGCGCCAUUCGCUUCGUGCCCUCCUCGCAAUUAGGAUCAUGGUGCGGUAGGGGUUCGACAUGGCGGAGCCUGAGCAUACCCAUAUGCAUAACUUUGCAUAUCACCCUGGCGUGGCCAGCUGGGUCCAGUCGCUCGACAGCGGUGAUGAAGUCACUGAACACGCUCCCGAUGACUUUUACAAGUCUGCCGUCGCCCACACGCAUGAGGUACCCCAGUCUGGCGACAUGACGGCCACUCGCCAGCGCCAGCAGACGCCCAACGGAGCAGCGCGCUCGACCUCCAAACCCUCGAUACGCUCCGUCUCCGGUCCCGCGACCUCCACAACCUCGCCGCGAUCCAACCCCUCGAUCGCGUUUAAUCGACCGUCAGUCAAGAGCAUGGCACAAAAGUUCAACCACCCUACGUCGGCCGAAUCAUCCCCCCAAUCCACACGCGCGCGACCCGUCCGACCGCCGGCGGCCUCCACGAACUCAUCGCCCGCACAACCAGCCAAAGAGGCUUCCUACGGCUCGUACAAGUUCAACAACCUCAAGCCGCGAGAACGGCCACAGCCUGCGCCUUCGUCUCCCGCCAGCGCCCGGGAGAUUCGACAGGCGAAGAUAUACGGCGCACUGGUCAACGGUGUCGAGAGCUCGAGUCCACGCAAGGCACCAUCGCGAAAGAAGGUGGCUUCACCAACGCGCGAGAAGGAAAAGAGCCGACAACCGUUCUUUGGCGAAGUGAUAGGAGAGCACGAUGCGGUAACGCCAGGUUUUGGGAUCCCCCAAUUCGACGGCGCAGCACUGUCCAACGAGUCCGUUUCCAAUUCACCGGGCCCGCAGCCAGGCACCUCGACCAUCAAAAUCGUAACAGACGACCUCCCCGCUUUGCCCGAGAACCACGCGGACGGUUUUCCUCCACAUCACCAACCCUCCGCCUCCGACAUGGCGUCGCACCGACCGGGUGCGGACCGUGAUGCGCAACAGUCUCCUAUGUCAGAUAACAGAACACCGCGGCGGCGGUCUCCGCCAUCGCGAAUACCGGUUCCCGCGUCACGAAGAAUGAGUGCAGCUUCGGAUUCGAGCUCUUCGACGCGUUCCGCCAGGUUCGCAAGCUACAUGCGGCCCACGGCAGCGACUCGUGCACACGGCAAGGAAACACCCACACGCCCGGCAAGAGCACCCGUGAGCAAGACUAGCACGCCUUCUAAGAAAUCCACAACACCUGCAGGUCAACCCACCCUGUCGGCCGCGACGUACCGCGGAUAUCGUGAGCGGGGAAAGUCGCCCCAGGCCACCAGUGGAUCUGGACCCAGUGUCGCGGCUGUCAUAGCCGCUCCGCCGCCACCCACGUCUCCACGUCUUCGCAAUUCACGCGAGCGGCAGCCUUUGCAACGGACACCAGGCUCGCGAUCGAGGAGCGCUGAUCCACAUGGUACGCAGGACUACUUUGGCGAAAGCUACGCGCCGCAAGUGCAGGAACGACCACACUUGCUCGAGCCCGGAUACGAAGAGAAGCGAUUGUCAGUGAGACGCGUCGAGCCCUCAGAAGACGAAGAAGAUCCUUUGGAUAUACCCGGUGUGCAACUAGAAUUGGAUUUUAGCAAUCAGCAUUUGGAUUCUGCAUUGGAUAAACAGCAGAGCGGUUUGCACCUUACUACCGAUGGACCUUCGGUACCCCCCGCUGGACGGCCUUUAUCAUCAGCAACGAGUUUUGAAGAAUCUCCGGUUUUGGGAAUGCCUGGAAGUUUUAUGACGACACCACCCAUAGUACAGGCUGUGGCUACGCCUCCCCCAAAUAAAACAUCCUUUGGACAGGAAAUUUCCCAGGACGCAUCUGCGUCAGAAGCGCCGCAGCUAGGUGGUGAACUUUUGCAAGCGCGAACGUUCCAACCGGCGAACAAGCGCAUGGCAGAGAUCUCACGCGUAGAAGAUACACAAGAUAAAUCCGAACUUGGCGUACGGGAAUCAAUACCCAUCGCUCUUGGAUCAGAAGUCUCGAGCCCGGGAUGGGACAACGAUACGCCUAAGCGGCCGAAGCACCAAACCCGGCUGAGUAUUGGCUCUCAAACUUGGCGAGUUGAACCUUUGGAUGCUUCUGGAACCAUAUCCUAUCUGGACGAGGAGGUUGGUGAUUCGCCUGUUGAUCCGUUUGCUGACCGAGGAACGCUGAGGCCAGACGACUCAGCAAGCAUGGCCUUCUUCCACCAGAUUGGCCAGCAGCACCCCAAUUGGGGCCCGAAGACCCCGGAACCGCAAAAGGACUCGUUCACGUUGGAUAGUGAGGCCUACAGCGUCAUUAACAAGAUUUUGAACGUCUACCACGAAUCAGACACGAUCACUCCGCAAAUCGCGCAACAGUCGUGGCAACAAGUACAGAGCGUAUCUCCCAUAGUGGCCCAACACAGAGACUGGAGCUCGAAAGAGGCAACCGAGACGUAUCUUGCGAGAUUACUUAGCGAUGCUGCAGUAGGAAGAGAUGGAGAAGCAGACGUGGACGCAACGCCCCAUGCGGUACAGCCUGUGCAACCUGCUGCAUCUGCACCCAGCAUCCGGCAACUUGCUGCGGACCCGGACGAAGAUGAGCCUUUCCCCGGUGGCACCGCCAUCAUUUUUCCCUCAGAAUCGAGGCGGUAUUCACGAGGCUCGCGUGCGUCGGUCGCGUCAGCGACGACAACUAUCUUUGAAGGCCCGAGCCGGCCCGACAGUUCUUCCGGUCUCUCUGCACGUGAUCGCACCCACAGCAACGACAUCUCGCACCCAGUGAAUCCUCCGCCGAAAGACUGGUCCUCGCCGCUGUCCCACGAGAUCCAGUACCAACGGUUGCCUGAAGCCACCUACGCGGGCUCAGGCCUAGGGCUGUCUCUGCAGCAGAGUCGGGAGCAACAGCAGGCGCCUCACGGGCCACAAUCCGCACCGCCAAAGCCGGCAUACUCGCCGCCGCCGCCGCCGCCGAAUAUGGGGCACGUCUUCGGCCGCAUCUGCCCACCCGAACGACGCAACGGCGACGACUCAGACAGCCUCGAUGACAGGCCCCUGCUUAGCAGGUCGCCGCCGCCUGAAUCGCCGAAGCGAACCCGCAACACGUACAGCAGCACCGAUGGGAGCGGGGCCAUGAUGACAGGCGUUGUUCCGAGCACGGAGAAGGCACCGACGUCAGAGCCCACGUCGCCCAAUCCUGAGCGGCUGCAGGAGAAGGUGUCCCUCGACUCGCCGGGGUUGAGCGCGGAACAGGAUCGCGGCAAGGCCGUGGUGCAGGUACAGAAGCGCUACCGCGUCAUAGAGGAGUUGUGCAAGACCGAGCACAGCUUCUGCGUUGACAUGAUGGUGGCCCACCAGAUCUUUGAGGGCACGUCCAAGGAGGUACUGACCGACGAGGAGCGCAAGCUCUUGUUCAGCAAUUGCAAGGACCUAGAGAACUUCUCCCACAAUCUGUGGAAGUCGCUUAAGGAUGCCAUCCGGCCCAUUGUCAACCAGCUGCCGCCCGAAGAGAGCUCGGGAGCCGAAUACGAUGAAUUCGUACACUGCACGCCGGAGAACGACCGCCAGGUCAAGGUUGGAGAGGUCAUGCUGGCAUUCAUACCCCGCAUGGAGCGCGUGUAUACAACGUACUACCUCAACUACGACGACGCGUCGAAAUUCAUCAAGGCCAACACGCAGAACCCGGAGCUGCUGGGCUGGGUGAUGGCCUGCUUUCAGCACUGUCCCAACCUCACGACUGCGUGGGAUCUAGAUUCCCUUCUCAUCAAACCCGUUCAGCGCAUGCUUCGAUACCCCCUGCUCCUCUCAGAACUCAUCGAGAAAACUGUUGCGGACCACCCAGAUUUGGCGAUGCUCAAGCAGGCCAAGGAUGCAAUCAUCAAAAUUGCCGAGCGUAUUGACGUGGCGAAGAAGCGGCAGGAGACGCUGCGCGCAGCAACGUCAGAGGGCAAGAAACAAAAAGGCAAAGGAUCCGCCGAUCGUAACGUCAAAUCGAUCGUAAAAGCUCUUAGGUGGAGCAAGGAGAAAGCCAAGACUCUUCAAGAAGCCACCCUCAUCUUCGACGAUCAAGAAUACAACCAGGUGACGCAGAAAUUCGGCGGUCAUUUCUUCCAGAUUCAGAUCGUGAUCGCCGACAUGGACCAGUACUUAUCUUCCAUGACCGAGUCGACCGUACAACUCAACCAGGUGAUGCUUGGCUUCAUCACGGUCGCCGAGACAGGCCCUUCAGCCAAUGCCGAGAUGGAGAGCACCUGGCGGCGAUGGGCGAUGGCACAUCUUGAUCUCCAGAAUAAGGCCCUCGAAGAGCACAAAACCGCUGUUAGGGAUCGUGUCAUGAAGCCCAUCUCGAGCGUGUGGGAUCAAUGGGUUGGCCCACAGAAACUCAUGGAGCAACGCAAGAAGCUCCUCAUACAGUACGCCAAGUACAAGCAGGCUGUCGACCGCAAGGAGAAGAUCGACCCUAAGCUUGAGGAGACUGCCAAAUCCUUCCUUACGAUCAAUGACUCCCUCAAGCAAGAGCUGCCUAUGCUGUAUGAACUCACCAAGAAGGUUGUCCGUCUCUGCUCUACCAUCUUCAUCGGCCUUUCCAAGGACUGGUACAAGACGUGCUCCAAGAAGAUCCUUCCACUUCUAGAGAGUGAGCCACAGCAUACUACGUCGAUUAGCUACGACUUCAAGACGUACCAAGAACGCUUCAAGUCGGACUUCCGCCAGAUGGAGGCAACUGCAAGGAGCCUUGCGAUCAUCAACCACGACCUGAUCAAUAGUCUCAGCAACUACAUGAGCCCUAUCCCCAUGGCCGACGAUACCUCGUCACGCAAAUCUUCAUCCAGGAGGACUGAGUCCAUUGGCAGCGAGGUCUCUAUGAUGGAUCGUCACAGCCGCAAUCGGAACAGCGGUGGCUACAACAGCUCGCGCUCUGGCAUGCACUCUUUCGAGGGCCCGCCCCGAUCCUCGCCUGCCGUCACGUAUGGUCCUGGCUCUCAACCACCGGUCAGCUACAAAGGGCCCUCUACUACCACCAGCGCAGCAUCUUCUCUGUUCCGCGAGCGCCCUGCCUCUGAUCGUAUUCAUGACCAGCCUCAUGCUCCAGGCUCAUACACUAGCGAAUCUACCGUUACUGCGGGCAGAGCAUCCAACAGCAGCGCCCGCAACCCUGCCUGGACAAACAUGAACCAUGGCUUCGACGGUACCUGGGACGAGACAACCUCUUUCGCGCAGCCCGCUUCUAUCGGUGCUUCUUUCCUCCAACCCUCUCUCACCACCACCUCAUCCUCGCACUCCCAGCAGCCCUCUCAGCCCGGCUCUUCCCGCACCUCCGGCGUUUUCAACUCCGCUCUCCCAAUGUCUAGCCGUAACUCUGCUGAAGAGCUGCCCGCCACUCCUUCUGAUCCCGAUGAGCCUGAGGUCUUGUUCCUGGCUGCGAGCUUGUUUGAGUUCAACAUCGCACACGAUCGUCGCGAGGGCGGCAUUCCCUACCUGGUCUAUGUGCCGGGCGAGAUCUUCGACGUCAUUGGUAUGAAGGGUGAGCUGUGGCUCGCGCGCAAUCAAGACGAUCCGCAUCGCACCGUGGGCUGGAUCUGGGAGAAGCACUUUGCUCGGAUCCUACCCGAGGAUGCGUAGGCCUGGCUCGAUGGGCUGCGUCGGUACGAUCGUAUACCAUUCGUGUCCCGGCAUACCUCACUUCACACUUGCCCAAGACCUUUUUUCUUCUGUUUCUUUUUCUCUGCUCGGCGUUCUUUCGGAGAGCGUAAGGCUCGUUUCUGCAUGAUACCUCACCUUUUC